CCAGCAGGGUAAAAGCACUGCAGCCUGCAGGAAGGCGCUGAGGCCUCAGGAUCACACCGGCAGCUCCUCUGCAGCCCCGGCUCCUCGCUGUGCAUCUGAGCAGGCCAUGGCCAGCCCUCUGCGUGCCCCACUGCUCCUGCUGGCCAUCCUGGCCGUGACCCUGGCCAUGACCCUGGCCAAGACCGUGGCCAAGGGCUCCAAACGUUCGGGCGGCAUCGAGGAAGCAGAUGUCAAUGAUGAGGAAGUGCAGCAGGCUCUGGACUUUGCCAUCAGCAAAUACAACGAGGAGAGCAAUGACGUGUACUACAGCCGAGUGCGGCAGGUGGUGCGUGCCCGCCAGCAGGUCGUGGCUGGGAUGAACUACUUCUUUGAUGUGAAGAUCGGCCGGACCACGUGUGCCAAGUCCCAGCCCAACUUGGACAACUGUCCCUUCCAUGAGCAGCAGCGGCUGAAGAGGGAAAAGCUCUGCUCUUUUGAGAUCUACAGUGUUCCCUGGGAGGAUUCAAUGACCUUGGUGGAAUCCAGCUGUCAGAAGGCCUAGGGGUCUGUGCCAGGCUGGGCUGCACCUACCCCCUCUUCCCCACACCUCACAGCUCCCUGUAGUGUUCCCUAGCCCGGGAUGGAGGCCCUGCUCUGCCUCAGGUCUCCUCUGUGCACCAGCACCGGGAGGGAGGCAAAUGGAGAAGGCUUCGGAGGCCUUUGUUGAACAGCCAUGGGGUUCCACCUGUUCCUUUCUCCCUACCGCUUCUCAAAUUUGCUGGUCGUGGUGCACACGCUCUGCUCCCCCCUCCUUUAA